GGGCUGAGACCGCUUGUGCUGCACUAUGAAAGCAAUCUGAAAAGUCCAUGCAAACACCCUUAGAAUUGAACUCUUGUGGCUGCAGUGGCUCCAGACUCUAAGAAAGUGUUUAAGAAACUCAUGAAGUGGAGUAAUAUGAGCUGGAGUCAUAUAGAAUCUGCAAGAAGACACUCGGGGGAAUUGUCUGAAGAAAAGAAGAAUAUUUAGACUCUCCAAGUUCUGCAUUUACACAGCUGUGAAAUCCAAGGCAACUGUGGUGAAAGCAUGAAUAGAUCUACAUCUGCUGCAGGAUCAUCCAGCCUACUUGAAAAGGGUCCUGCCUGCCGAGUGAUUACAGUUACUAAGGAAACAGGCCUAGGUUUAAAGAUCCUAGGUGGAAUUAACAGAAAUGAAGGACCGUUGGUAUAUAUUCAGGAAAUCAUUCCUGGAGGCGACUGUUACAAGGAUGGACGUUUGAAGCCAGGAGAUCAACUUGUCUGGGUAAACAAGGAAUCUAUGAUUGGUGUAUCAUUUGAAGAAGCAAAAAACAUAAUCACCAGAGCCAAGUUGAGGUCAGAAUCUCCUUGGGAGAUAGCAUUUAUCAGACCGAAGUCUUACAUAGGCCAUCCAGGAAAUAUUUGCUGUCCAUCCCCAUUACAAGCUUCGGAAGACUGUGGGCCACAAACCUCAGCAUUUAAUCCUUUUUCCUCUCCCCGUGAAACACUAGUUCCGAAGACUUCAUCCACUCCCAAGACUCAGGACUCCGAUUUACCUUCUUUUAAAGCAGCUCAGACGAAACCUGGAUACAAUAAAACAGAACAUACUCCAAUUACUUCUUUAGACAACAGCCCAACAAAUACAUCUAAUUCAGAUAUUGCUCCUACCUGGACUGAUGAUGAUUCUGGACCACAAGGAAAGAAGAUUUCCCUAAAUCCUUCUGUGCGCCUGAAGGCAGAGAAACUGGAAAUGGCUCUCAAUUACCUCGGUAUUCAGCCAACAAAGGAACAACACGAAGCCCUGAGACAGCAAAUCCAGGCAGACUCAAAGGGGACAGUAUCUUUUGGAGAUUUCGUCCAGGUUGCCAGGAAUUUGUUUUGCUUGCAGUUGGAUGAAGUAAAUGUCAGUGCCCAUGAGAUCUCCAGCAUCUUGGACUCACAGCUUCUUCCCUGUGAUUCUCUAGAAGCAGAUGAAAUGGGAAAACUUAGACAAGAAAGAGAUGCUGCCCGGGCAGAAGUGAAUGUGCUUAAGGAGAAACUACUUGAAUCAGAGAGACAUAGGAAGCAGUUAACAGAAGAACUCCAAAACGUGAAGCAGGAAGCCAAAGCCGUAGCUGAAGAAACCCGAGCUCUGCGAAGCCGGCUCCAUCUUGCUGAAGCUGCACAGAGGCAGGCACAUGGGAUGGAAAUGGACUAUGAAGAAGUGAUCCAUCUGCUGGAGACUGAGAUCUCAGAGCUAAAGGCUCAGCUUGCUCAUUAUUCUGACCAAAAUAAAGAAAGUAUCCAGGACUUGAGAAAGAGAGUCACAGUUCUUGACUGCCAAUUGCGAAAAUCAGAAGUGGCUCGGAAAACUUUCAAGGCAUCUACUGAAAGCCUCCUUCAUUUUGUUGAGGCUGCUCAGGAAGUACUUUUGGAUAGUUCUGCUCCUUUCUCAAAUUUAAGCGAAAGGAGAGCUGUGUUUGCAUCGCAGACUUCACUCCCACUGCUGGGAAAGAAUGGGCGCAGCUUCCCAGCAAACCUGCUUCUGGAAUCCAAGGAGCUCGUUAGAUCCGUUCGUGCCAUACUUGAUAUGGACUGCUUACCUUACGGGUGGGAGGAAGCUUACACAGCAGACGGAAUCAAGUACUUCAUCAAUCAUGUAACACAGACCACAUCCUGGAUCCAUCCUGUGAUGAGUGUCCUGAACCUGUCCUGCUCAGAGGAGAAUGAAGAGGACUGUCCCAGAGAGCUGACAGACCAGAAAAGCUGAUGGAAAUGGCACUUCAGAGUCUUCCGGCUUUGCCGUCCAGGUGCACAACCAUACACAAGACGCCACAGCUUUAGAAACAGGAAUCCAGCACAUUCUGCCAGGCGAGAUGUCAACCUGGAACUGUGGUAUUUCUAUGCGCAUGUUAAAGACCAGCUGCCCACUGUACUAGUUCUUUGAAAAUAAUUUAGGUGCAUUUGUUGAAGUCAUAUAUAAUUAGAUUUUGUCUGUGUCUAAUUUUUCCUAUAUAAUUAGGUCUAUGUAACUUAGUAUGUAGUUCAUUGUUUGGUAUUAGAUGCAAUGGUUUUUAUACCAAAAUUUUGUAUUGGAAAGCUAUAUGAACAUAGGAAACUACUUCUUUUCUGAUAAUCCCCUCUCUCUAAUCACAGUUUAGGAAAGUGAUCUGAGAAAGUUUGGGAAGGGUGCUAUAUGGCUACCCCAUUGGCUGCUGAAUACAACCUUUGUUUUUUGUUUGUAUCUAUAACUCAUAAGACCCAAUCUAACUUGCAUUGUUAGGAGACUUCUAUCAUGUAUAAUAUGCUUUCAACCCUCAUCUUAUUUAAACCAGACAGCAUGGGGAUAGGGCUGAUCUGUUGGCCAUUUCCACUCAUGACUUCAGCUGGACGAACAGUGCUUCAGAGAGACAGAGCAUCCUGGCCCAGGGCUAAGACUCACACCUCAUCUUCUGAUUCCAUGUCCAGUCAGUCCCCUUUGCCCUGCUCCUGACUGGCCUCACAGAGAGAGGUUGUAGUCCAGCAGAGCACCUUCCUUGUUGAUGCAGCUGGGUCCACAGCUGUGCAUUCCACGCAAUCCAGAGGACACCUCCGAGUCAAUCAUGGCCUCUUCUUAACCCCACUCUCUCCUUCUGUGGGCCCACCCCCUCAUCACCCUUGGAUACCCACCAACUGUUCUGUAUCUUGUCAGCAGGCUUUGUCCCAUGGCUCAUGUUUUCUAAAAUAAAGAUCAUGCCAGUGGUUUGCCAUGCUUGGGUACCCUUGCCAGUAGGAGCAUCUAAGGAGAGCUGAUAGCAAUAAAGGUAUCUCUUAAAAUCCUGCCAGGCUGCUUGUAACAGAACGAAGGCCUGGAGCCAAGUGAAGCAGCCCAGCAUUGCUUAGGCAAGCCUAGCUCUCCCGAGAACACAGAGUGAGAACCCUGACGUAAAGAAAGGCACAUUAUACAUGAGUCACUGAGUUCCUACAGUCGAUUAGCACCUAAGUCAGCAUCGGUUCCUAGCUCCUAAGUUUUCUACUGAGUUUCACCUGGUAUAUGGCAUGGAUAUGGAGAAUACACAUGGGCAUCAUACUCACUUAUACCUCUCUACGUACAUGAAAGACUGGGGAUUUGAGUUGAACACACUUAGGAUUCCUACUUUAGGUCUUGAGGACAAACAUAAAGCCAGUCAAAUGCAGACUGACAAGGAGUCAUUAACCCUGAGAAAGACAAAGUGGCUGGAGCAAAUGUACCCCUCUUGUCACCCGCUGUCUGGAUACUAACUAGGAAGCUUCAGAGGGGACAGUUUUGAGAUCAGCCCCAGAGGGAGCUGUCUCCUCAAGUCUCCAAGAGGUGAACACACACUCUUUUAUAAGAGAGUACCUAUGUUGUGAAAGGUGGAUUCUUUUUAGGAGAUCCCCAAGCCCACUGGAGAGCUUCCUCCCUUGUUUGUAAGGGGAGCUAAGAUGGGAUCCUGAAAGAUGCAGUCUCUAAUCCAUGUGUUCAUGUGUGUGUGUGUGGCACUCCACACCUCUCUGCUGCAUGUACCAAUCCCUCCCUGUUUCUGUCAAAUAUAUAAUCAAAGGACUAAAACUCAGUGCUCUUCACUGAGCAUUCUAUACCACACAUAGCAAUGUGUUCAUGUGUACUAUGAACAUGUAUUAGCUUAUUAUCUUCUUUUGGAAGGUUAUUUUGAGGUAGCUUCUCCCUGUGAAACCCCUCUGCCUCAGCAUCCCAAGCACUGGGAUUUCAGCACCAAAUAUCUUCUUAAAGCCACCCAUAAGUGGAGAAGCAUAGGGAUCCAUCCCCAUUUUGUGUAGAAGCCUAGGUUCAGAAAGAAGUGGUCGUGGCCCAAAGAUCCCACCAUGCCUAUGUGUUGACGCUGGACCUCCAGGCAAGCCUUUGGUUCCUGUAAACCAUUCGGAAGAGUUGCUUGCAUUCAAUCAGCUCUACAAGGCUCCAGCACUCAGUCAGAGAGACUUCCUGGUUCACAGAAAAGAAUUCCCGGGAGAAAGAAGCAUUCCAACAGGUUCUGGUGCAUCUGAGCUUCUCCUGGGCUCUGAAUUAGCUGAGUCAGGUGAACACCCACUGAGACACAGCAGAUAAGCGGGAUGCUUGGAGAAUCUCAAGAGGGCUCAGUAGGAAUGCUUUUCUGAUGCAGAUAGAACCCUGAAUUUCCUAUGGGGAAGUUGAUAGUUUUCAACUUAAAUUAGCCCUAUUGCCGUGGUCACCCAUCAGAAAUGCUUCUUCACUGAUACACCCACUCACAUUCUGGGCUAUAGGAGCAAAAUAUGAUUACAUCCCUCCCAGUGCGUGUUUUAGUGUGGCAUUGGCCAUCAGUUGUGGAACAAGCCUCAUUUUCCUAGUGUGACAAGGGAAGGCCUAGCCAUCCUCACUCAUUUGUUCCCUCAAAAUGCUCAUGUGCCUCUAGCAAUGUGACCAGCACUCUGGGUACCAGGGCAAAGUAGGGCAACAGCUGACCGUCUCUUGGGUUGGUUUAAAAAUAAAAUUAUUUUGAAAGUCAGAAUUAUAGUUAUAUUUUAGCUUAUAAAUUUUAAAAAAUAAUUUAUUUUCCUUUCAGAAAAAUGAAAGUACUGUGGAAAUAAAUUGGGUUGAGUAAAUAGCCUGUCUCACUUUCUGGAAGCUGCCAUCACCAAUAUUUCAAUGAAUAUUUUCACUCAAAGGCAAGUAUGUCCACCUCAAAAGUUCACCUUUGAGUUAGUACAUUGUGGCCCAUCUUUGUAUAGCACUAUAGGCAUUUCCAUUGUAUUUCAAACAUCUGCAUAAGCUACCACCUCUAAGAAUGCUCAUUGUCUGUGUGUUCAACAACUUAUUAAUGAAAGCUUAGGCUACUUGAAGUUCCUUCCUACAAGUGUCAUACUGAGCAUUUGUGUAUUCGUUAAAACCCUUUCUUCAAGUGUCCCUGCACUAAAAUGCUGCUGUCUGUAGUGUGGAGACUUUUAUAAGUGAGCCACUGUGACUGAGUACAGUCAACGUGUUGUCCCCAAAAGAAGAGCCUGUCCAUCCCUAUCCAAAAAUGUGGUGUUUUAAUCAUUAGGUUGUAGCAUUUCUUUAGCAUCCAAGACUGACUUGCUCUGUACAGGAGAGUCCAGCAGUGAAUAAGUCGGUGUUUCAAAUAUAUCACUGCUCUCAUUGUUUUCCACUUUACAUAGAAUGAUGAUGGGGAGUCGCUUCUAAAUUAGCAGAGAGAACACACUCUUAUGCAUACAGUACAAGAGCCUUUACUUCUCCAUCUGUGGAACAGUAGCAAUACUUCCUCAUGCUCCCACAGUCCCAGCUUGCAUCACCUAAGUAUCUACUGGAUGCCUGGCCAACCAAGGUGUUAGGAGCAUUCUGGGUAGCACAGUUUCCCAAAGCAAAGCGGUCAAUGCCCUGAUAGUUCUACACACACACACACACACACACACACUACUGAUUUGUUUUUCUGUAUAGGGUAAGAAGUUAGGAAUUUGUUUCCUUAAGAAACCCUUAAAUUUGAAUAAUUAUGGAAAUUGCUGACCCCCCCACCACCACCACUACCUUGGCUAGAAAAGGGUAAGAAGGAACGUGCUGGAAGAGGUUCUCCAAUAACAAAUGAAAGGCAGCUGUCAAAAUAGAGAGUCAAAUAGCACAUUCAUAAAGUGCUUGCACAAUCAGAAAAUAUUAGCCUUUUUCUAGGGAGAAAUGGGACAUUUCUCUAUGGUAAGCAAAAUGUAACUUUUGAAGGGUCAACACACUUGACAUUUUUAUGAUACUUAUGCAGAAAGACCUGAACAAACAUUAAUACAGCUUUCACAGUCUUGUGUAUAAUUUUCAAGAUGAUGAAAAGCACAGAAUAUGCCUGUGGAAUUUAAAGAAUUAAACAGAAUAUGUCUGUGGAACAUAACUUUAGGAAUGUUCUAUCCAAGAUGUUUUAGCCAUAGCUGUUCACAUAUAAUAUCACUGUAUCAGUAAAACGAUUUUAUAAAUACUAAA